CUUCUCGCUCCAACAUCUCGGAAGCUGCCGACCCGCUGCUGCCAUGUUGUGAAAUUUGAUUUGUAGACUCCGUUUCGAAUAACUACAUCAUCCGUCUUGCGCUCAGAAUCAUCAAGAGGAGCCAAAUACCUGAACUUCCCCGGCUUCCCGGACAGGGGUUCUAAUCUACGCCAGCCCUCGUUUUGCAGUCCUCAGGGGCCAUGGGUUAUCUCAUCACACUCGCGGGCUUCGCGGCCCUAGCCUCCAUCUUCGCUCCCGAAGUCGUCGCUCAGUCAUGCUCGGGGGUCACUGGCCGAUUCCAGCCCAGGAUGGGCUCUGGGUACAGAUACAGCGUGCUUGCCACUGGUCUCCGCCAGCCCAGACACAUUGUUGUGGACUCGGCGGGCAACCUGCUUGUGGCCGAAGGAGGCACUCAGGGGGUCCGACGGCUUGUGUUGCAGGACCAAGGCAACAUUGUAUGCGUUCAGUCCAACACUCAAAUCGUCAGCGGAUCGACAAACCAUGGGAUCGCCCUCAGCGCCGAUGGUAAGACUCUCUUCACCUCCAACCUCGCCAGCGUGACAGCAUAUUCGUACGAUGCCGCCACCGGUCAAGUCGGCCAAGGCCGGCAGAUCGUCACGGGCAUGUCUUUCCAAGGAACGCACCCGACCCGGGCCAUCGCCACGUCCAAAUGGAGCCCGGACACCAUCCUGGUGGCUCGGGGCUCCGCGAGCAACAUCGACACCACCACGACGCAGCAGUCUGCCGCACGCAGCGUGAUCAAGGCCUUCAGCAUCAGCAAAGGCAUGCAGACGGCACACAACUACGCCUCGGGCGGCGAAUUGAUCGCCUGGGGGCUCCGCAACGUCGUCGGCAUGACAGAGGACCCCGUCUAUGGCGGAUUCUGGUCGGUCGAGAACCAAAUGGACGACCUGCGGCUCAACGGGCGCGACAUCCACAACGACAACCCGGCCGAGCGGCUGAGCUACCACGGGGUGCUCAACGACACGGCCAACCGCUACAAGGGCCUCAACUAUGGCUACCCUUCGUGCGUGCCCGCCUGGGACCCGCAGAAUGUGGGCAUUAGCGGCCUGCUGGUCGGCAGCCUCUUCAAGCCCGACGGCGUGCCCAACGUCGCCGCCGACGCCUGCGCCAACAACUACAUGACGGGCCGCCUGCACUUUCACGCCCACACCGCCCCGCUGGAUAUUAAGUUCAACAGGAACAGCACCGCGGCGUAUAUCGCUUUUCACGGCAGCUGGAACCGCAACCCAGCCGACGGCUACCGCGUCAUGCGCGUCGACUUCGCCAACGGCCAGCCCGUGCACGCCGUCACCAGCAAGACGGCCCAGAUCCCCGUCAUGGAGAACGGCAACAUCGGCGGCUGCCCCAACAACUGCUUCCGGCCCGUUGGCCUCGACUUUGACCAGAGGGGCAGGUUGUUUGUGUCGAGCGAUACGUCGGGCGAGAUUUAUGUCAUUUAUGGUGCGUAAGGUAACUUGGACUGUGAAAGGGGUGGUUGUUGUUCAAGUUGUCAGACUUGGGAUGGAUUACCCAUGUGGUUCGGUUGAAGCUCCUGUUGACAGUGACGUCUUGGUGUUUUGUACAUCCGUAGACGUGUGAAUAGCAGGGCGCACUGUAUCGAGGAAUCUGUACAAGCCAAAUGCCGGAGGAGUGAAAAUACUGGAGACUAGUAACAUGACAAUGCGGAAUGGCU